AUGAGCAUGGACGCUGGCGGUCUCGCUCAGAUGACUUUUAACGGUUUCUCUUCCAACGGCCUUGGCGCCCCCAGCUCUGGCUUUGCUUCUAGAAACAGGGGAGGUCACAACCACAAGCGCCUCAGCGUUGGUCUCCCUCAGCAUAUCAACCCUGCCGAGAACCACGCCGACUCCAAUCCUACACCUCGCACCUCGCGAUCGCACCUCCUCGCCGGUCUUCGUACCGCUCCCAAGACGCCCUCCGUGCCUGCUUCCGCUCCUUACAACCAGCUAGACUACCAGUCUCAGCUGACCACCGCUGCUAGCUUCAGUGGCAACCACUACGGUGGUCGUCAGCAACAACAACAGCAGCAGCAGCGCCAACAACAACAUCAGCACAUGUAUUCGAUGCCCGAGCAGGUCUUGGCCCCACCUACCUUCUACGGCCAGGAGGCCGAGAUGGACCCCAACGUAAUGGAACAGCUCCAGCUUACCAGCCUGUUCCUCGCUCAGCGCCAGCAGCAACUCCAGCAACAGCUUGCGGCUAUCACUGCUGCCGCCAACACUGCUCAGUUGCAAGGCUUGAACCUCAACCAGUUCCAGCAGCCCAUGUCUCAAGUCAAUGCUUAUGGUCAGCAACGCGCUCAGCAACAACAGUCGCCUAUUGAGGUCCCUGGCCAACCUGGCCUAUACCUCGUGUACAACCCCAUGACUGGCCAGUACCAAUACGCAAUGGACAACAGUGCCCAGUCGCCCAUGUCGCCGGUCUCGCAGAACCAGAACGGCUUCUUCAACAUUGACACCCCUCAGAAACAGCAACAGCCUGUCUUCCGUGCCGAGAUCUCGCCGCCACCCACUGAGCGUCCUACUCCCACCGGCUCUCGCUCUAUUACUCCUCCUAAGAAGACGUCUUCACCUGCGUCGAGUCUUGCUCACGUCGAGCCGCUCCCUCCUCCGUCCGCCAACGCCUUCCGUCGUGGUCACAAGAAAGCAUCUUCUCUUGCCAUCAACGCCCUGACAGGAACAUCUGAUGGCCCUAAGACAAGCAACGUUGCUACUUUCGGAUCUGCAAGAACCGUAUUCCCACCAACCCCAAUGACAGGCACUUUCGGACCUGGUGCUGCUCGUGCUGGAGAACACCCUAUUCGCCAACCUCGUGGCCCACCUCCGCUUGAGGAGCUUAUCGCUCUGCCCACCAGCAAGCACGAAGGCAGCAAGAACUUCGCAACUCGUCAGCGUCGUCGUGCCCUUGACAACCUCGUUCGCGCUGGCUCAUUCCGUCGUGCCGUCAGUGGUUCUCCCCGCAGUAGCCCUGCCAGUGAGCGAGAGCUCAACUUCCAGUCAGAGGAGGACGAGCCCUGCUUCCGCAAGCAGAGCCCCAUUGGCAGCGAGCGCAACGCCAAGAGAAGCUCCAAGGAUAGUCUCGAAGGUCUUGGUGCAGGUGGCGCCGUUCAGACUCCAGUCAGCGAGAAGGGAGACGCAUUUGACAUGGGCUCUUUUGCCAAGCAGCUUCCCAGCCCUAUUCAGCAGGGUCUUGGCCGCAGACACAUGAUGCUGGGCUCCGUUCUCAGUGCCGCUGAGAAGAGAAAGAGCAUGUUUUAG